CUAUUGGAAAAAAGCGCUUGUCUCUCUUCCUUCGGGUAUCAGAUUAAGCACGCACGAAGAUAAAUGUAAAACGAUGCGGUUGAUGGAGCUCGUCUCAUCGGGGCAUUAUCAGUUCUAUUUACUCAGUAAAGUUUCACGUGCGUUCGAGUAACGUUUCUAGUUCGCAAAACUCAAUAAUUCACUUUUUUUUGUUAUUAAGAUUCUUUUUUUUCAUAUCGACUGCUUCUGAGUUUUGGAUCCAAACGGUGUUUGAAAAUCUAAUGCAAUUUGGAUCGGUGGGAGUCGCUCGAAAAUGAUCAACCGACACAGAAAUGUAUUGAAUUUACUCGUUCGAGACUGAAACGAAUAUUUUAUUCUAGAUUUCCUACUUUAUAAAAAUGUCUGAAUUUUGGAUGAAUAUUUAUGAGAUUUCAAUUGUCACAGAUCCCAUUAAAGAACGGUGUACCCGGUGUGCCCAAGAUUUUAUCAAACUACGACGAAAUACCUUCGAUUCGUAAACCAAGAUCAAACCACGUUGAUCCUCUCAAAGACAUCACUAAUCAGUUUGUAAGACCGAGGAUAUUUGCAACGGAGGAAGAAGUAGACAAAAAUAUCACCCGGAAUUGGAUCAAUGAUACGAUCAACCGUCCGGUUCCUCCAAGAGCGACAGUUUUAUUACGAACCGAUGAAUUCACCGAUCAGGACUUGAAUCGUGAAAGCUUCCACUGCGCCAUGGGACGAAUUCUGCGUGUCGCACAGUUUUUCGGAUUGUUACCGCUCGCUGGAGUCACCUCGAAAACUCCGAAGGAUCUCACGUUUAAUCUAUUCCAUCUGAGAACGAUUUACGCAAUGGCCAUUUCACUCUUGCUCAUGCUAAUGUUCAUAAGUGCAAUCGCUGACACGAUCCUCCGUCAAUAUUAUUCGGCUUCCGACAAGAGUCAGGAGCAUGUUGGAUUCGGGGUUUGGAUCAUAUUUUUCUAUGGCAAUGCUUUUCUCUGUACGAUUUUUUUCAUGAGGCUCGCCCCUCGCUGGGUUAUUAUACAACAGGAUUGGCGGGAGAUGGAGCGCUUGUUGGACAGAGGUACGACCGAACCAACUCGAUUGCGAAGGAAAUUCGCACUGAUAACCGCAACAAUUUUGAGCUUGGCGUUGCUGGAACACGUGAUGGGCCUUCUGGGUGGUCCUCCGAUGGAACUCCUGCUCUCGUCUCCGGAACUCACCUUCGAUAGCGUUGUACAUUCCGUUUGCCAGGCGUCGCAUCCGUUUCUUCUAACGAUUGUCAAUUACAAUAUGGCCACAGGGAUAAGUAUAAUCGCAGUCAACACGGUCGCAGGAUUUGGGUGGAAUUUUAUGGACUUAUUUGUGAUUCUGGUGGCGGCGGGCUUGGUUGAACGGUACAAAACCCUCAAUAAAAAAGUCACACGUGAGGUUUCCACGUGUCCCAAUAACAUCGACUGGAACGAGCUCCGCGAGUCGUACGCAACUUUGAGCAAGCUGGUGAAGAACAUCGACGAUCACAUUUCAUGUAUAAUUUUAUUAUCCUUUUUCAACAACGUCUACUUCACGUGUCUUCAAUUACUGACGGCUCUUUCCUCAGCUCUCGCUCCGAUAUCGCGGGUGGCACGCGGAAGGUCGACACGGAAUGGGAAAACUCAAUGAAUUUAUCCGCACGCAACGCUCUCACGAUUCCUUCGAUUGUUCGUUGCUUCUCUCGAAGGCCAUAUCGACCGAGUCGUCCGAACCAGUAUAAUAUUAAACAAUUGUACGAAUCGCCCCUCGUUACUCGAUCGUGAUAAUCGAGGCAGCAUCAAGCGAUCGACGCCGCUGGUCCAGACUCCGAAAACGCUCGUUACUACACGGAGAGAAUUAAAUUUUAAAAAUAACCGUCCAGUAACGAUGGUGCACUGACGAGCUGCAAUUCAUCAUAUCAUUGUGGGAAAGAAACUGAAUUUUCCUGUAAAAAAAAUAACACUCAUUGCUCACAGUGGGAACUUUUAUCGCGGAGUAUUUAGUAAAUUUUGACCUCACGGUGAAUUUUACCGCGCCGCACUGUCCGAAUUUCCAUACGAAUGUUUUUAUGCCAGGAUGCCCAUUGUUUUUAUAUGCUCAGCCCUUUGUUGAAGUGUAUAAAUCAGUGUGCUACGAAAUUCGGAAAGGAGUGAUCGAUAGCGAAGACAUUUUGCUGUGAUGCACCGUAAAGUUUACUAAACGUUUUGUAAAUUUUAGUAUAUGCAAUAUUUACUAUAAAAUAUUGAAAAUUUCACAGUGCCUUACUGGAAUAAAUAUUUUUCGUUAACUUGUCUCCCCAGUAAAAUGUAUCCGGUUAAUUUUACAGUGAAUUUCACGCCAAAUAUAUCACCGUUUAAUUCUCUCCGUGUAUCUUCGAAAGCUUUUUCAUUUAUAUUAGCUUUAUUAAAGAGAAUUUUGAGUUUCCAUUCAAAGUUUAUGCACAUAGAAAAAAUUGCGUGUGAUCAUUGGUCGCGGGGGAGUUAAAAAUUGUCUCGUAAUUUGAUGU